GCCGGAAGUCUCGUGUAUGGCACGAGAGUUAAAAAUGGCAGACCUUUGGAAAGCCGUUGGAAAUAUCGUUUGGAACGAAUGGUUUUGGUUCCCAGAAAAAUACACGUGGGAUUGUAUGAAAAAUACUAAUCCAAAUGUAUAUAAACCACAAUCAUCAGAUCUUUGGAUGCCUGUAUACCUCUGUUUUGUAAUUACACUCAUUCGAACAGUCUUCGAAAGAGUAGUGGCGUUUGUGGGUGAAAGAGUCUUUGAUCUAAGGCAGCCAACGAAAACUGCACCUGUAAAUCCCAUCCUUGAAAAGGUGUACGCCAAGAAAAAAACUCCAGAUAAUAGUACAAUUCAGGAUCUCUCUAAGCAGACGGAUAUGAAAGUGCGACAGAUUGAACGUUGGUUUCGUCAUCGCCGGAACCAAGAUAGGACCCCAGUAAUAAAAAAAUUUUGUGAAUCAAGUUGGAGAUGUACGUACUACGCAGUGAUAUUCUGUUAUGGAAUGUACACGCUUUGGGAUAAAGAAUGGCUGUGGAAAACAGAGAUGUGUUGGAAAGGGUGGCCUGAGCAUCAUGUGUCGGCAGAUUUGUAUUGGUAUUAUGCAAUACAGGCUGGCUUCUACCUUUCACUGUCUUUGUCCCUUUUUGUGGAUCACAAAAGGAAGGAUUUCAUGGAGAUGAUAGUACAUCACUUUGCCACGCUAGGUCUAAUGUUCUUUUCUUGGAUGAACAACUUUGUGCGAGUUGGUUCAUUGGUGCUUCUUAUACAUGACUGUGCAGAUCCAAUCAUGGAGGCGGCAAAGAUGGCAAAAUAUGUGAAGAAAGAUGGAGUCUGCAAUUCACUAUUUGUCCUCUUUAUCCUCACUUGGAUAGCCACACGUAUGACCAUUUUCCCCUUUCGAAUCAUCUAUAGUACUCUGUUUGAAGCUGUGCCUGAGAUUGGAAUUUGUUUUGUGUACUAUGUCUACAAUACCUUGCUCAUCACUUUACAAGUUCUCCACAUUAUCUGGUUCUACUUCAUUGUUCUCAUUGCAAAAGAAGCCAUCAUUACAGGUGGACAGGUGAAAAAGGACUCACGCAGCAGUGAUGAAACUAUCUCAGAUGACAGCAGCAGCAAUGGCAAAGAGUGCAGCAAGCGAAGAGAGCAUCCUAUUAACAAGAAUGGCCUGGCACAGCUAGAGCAGAAUGGAACAGUUAAUCCAUUAAGUUGUGGUGACAGAGGAGACCUUUAGUUAGGCUUGAUUACUCUUUCAUUACAUUGUUACCAUAGUUUUCGAUAAAUAUGUGCUCUUUAUACCCAUUCCCGAUGUCAAAUUUGGGGUCUUUGAUAGGGUAAUGUGUGUUGUGUGCAUAAAUUAUCUCACAAUAUUUUUUAGUUUGAUUAAGAAGUUUAUAAGGUUACAAUUUAUGCCUUUUUUUUUUUAAAGUUUGUGAGCCUUUUUUGUGCAGCGUUUCCUGCAUUGUAUCAUGCAGUUAUACUCAUUCCUGAAGUAUGUUUGCUUUGUAUACUUGUUACCCUAUCAUGAAUUAGAGAUGGGUGUAUCUACACUUUAAACAUGGCUUGAUAAAUACAGAAUUUCAUAAAGUAACACCUACAUCUGCUUAUAAAAUAUAUUUGAUAAAUAGCUACAACUUUCUAACAUUUCAUGCUCUUCUGAACUUCGAUGACUAACGUGUAAGGCACGUAGUUGUGCUCUCAAGGACUUGGCCUCUCUACCAUACAAGCGUGUGUAGAAAUAAGCUUUCAUUGCUCAUACUUUUAGCAUUAUGUGAUCUGUCGAAAACAACAGUAUUGAUAUUAACUAUGAACUGCCUUGGACUUGGGAAAGAUGUUGGAGCUGCUUGAGUUGGCAACAUUCAGUGAUGAUUUGUAAUUUCAUUUAUUUAUUUUUUUUACAGAAUUUUCAGGUUAGAUUUGAACUGGCUUUUGCAUUACUGUGUGUGAAUCAUUUGGGCAUGAAAUUCAUGAGCUUUUAUUUUGUAGGGUACUUGAAGUUUGUUAACAGCAGUGUGUCAUUGUGUAAUCAUGAUAAUGUGGUGGCUUAUAAUGGACCAUAAAGUAGGCGGAGCUGCCGCUCAAUCAUUUUUUUAUAUAGAGGUGUGUCUUUCUUUAUGCCCUCCUAAGUGAAAACAUAUGCACGCUUUGGUACAGGGCACUGUCAUAUUUUUUUCCCUUCAUGGGUUGGGAAGAGUCAUGUGAGUUACAAAGUACAGCUUGAAAACUUGCCUUGUGUAUUUUUGUUAAAUGUUAUCCAGGCAGGUUGAAUUCCUCUAUAGCUGUUUCAUUCAGGAGUUGUGGUAUUAUGUUCUUGUUCUUGGGCAUUACCAUACUAUCGCAAAGUUGCUUUAGUCUUUUAAUGUUUUUUGGGAUGGGGCUGGCUUUUACGGUGACAGAAGUAAAAAGAACUGAUGUCAGAAUCAAGCUUAGUUAAGUAUAACUUUUAUAUUAAUAGGAGGCAAUGCUGUUUAGGUAUUCAGUAUCUGAGUUACAGAGUUGUCAUGUUUUAAUUAAUUAUAAUUUAGUUAUGAAGUGACUUGCAGAGGUGACUUAAUGUCAAUCUAAAAGCAAGUGCUACUCCUGGAAACAGACUUUCCAGUGUUAACACGUGACCACUGACUGGAAAUACAGGACUAUUUGCAAGUCAGAAGGCCAUGAUCAGAAAAUUACACUGUACUGGACAUUUAUAGAAGUAUUUUACUAUUUUUAAGUUUCCCUGUUUUGGAUACAUUAAUUAAUACAUUAAUUAAUCAAAAGACCAUGAAUUCUUGGUAAAUUGUGAGCAUGAUAUAGAUAGUAUGUCAUCUUAGAAGUAUAUUUUGGCACCUAGCCUGUUUCACAGUUUUCUAGAAAGCAGAAUCUCGUAUGGUUCACAUAUGCUGUAUUUCUCGCCAUCAACUUUGUGAUAAGCAGAUAUCUUGUGACCUGUAUUGAACAGAUAUAAGAAGUAGUUAUGAUGAAUUUAGUUGUUCUAUGUCAUAUACUGCUUUGCAGCCUAAAGGAAAUCCUGAUGCAAUUUCUGGUGACCAAUUCCAUGAAAAAGCAUAUUCACACCACAUGAAGAUCUUCAAGGCAUGAGGAAGUGGUGGAAGGUAGUAGCAGUGGAUUAGUCCAGUGCAGUCCAGGAUUCAAAGUAUGGGUGCACCCUCUGGAUGGGAAAUCUGAUCAGGAGGGUGGGUGGUAUAUGUGCAUUCAGGCUAUAAAUUGUGGAGAUUAGCAAGGACUUGUGAAACUUAUGGGAUAUUUAUCACUGUAGUGACUUAUUUCGUAUUAUGAUUGAGAAAAUAAGGGAUAAAAUAGAAUAUAAGAGAGCACUUUGCUUAUAGCAAGCAAGGUGAUUUCUCUGCCUGACUUGCACCUUAGUUUAUCUACAGAAAUAAGUUGCGGAUAUACUAAACUAUCCAGUCAAACCCGUUGAUUUUUUUUCAGAAGAUGAGCCUUAGAGAUUUAGUCAUCACUUCAGUUUAAGAUCUCUAAAGUGGGAAAGGGAUUUUUUUAUAAACAUUUCUGUCCCUGUAGGGUGUUCAGCCAAAUACUGUCAGUGACUGUUUUAAAAAAAGAUGUUGGAAUGAGUGUUAAAAACUGUAGAACAUAGGAGGUAGAGAAAAAUAUUGAAAAGCUGCAAUUUAUCACUGAGAUCUCUGAUUUUGAAUUAAUCAGUAUAUGUUGAUUCACACAAUUUGUUAACCCCAUUACCCAUUUGGAUUUUAUCUUAGCGGCUCUUUCAUUUUUUCUUUUUUUUUUUUUUUUAAUUGGAUGGGGUUGUUAAACUUUAAUUUUGAUUAGAAAUGUCAUCAUUUGUUAGUCCUUCCUGAACAGCAGCUUUAAAAAGAAAUCUGUGAUUUAUACAUCAGACCAGUUUAUCAGUGAGUAUGAGUAUGACUUCAAAUCAAUAAUAUUAAAAUCAGUGUGGUGAAUUCCACAAACUUAUUAUAAAGUGGUACCAUCAGUGUGGGCUUUAAUGCCGGAUUAACACAGAACCAGAAAAGUGCUUUUUUCUUGGAGACAUACGGUAAAUGCACUGACUCAGAAUUCAGAUUGCAUGCAUGUUUCUUAAUAACAGGCAUGGUAUAGAUUUUUAUCUGUCAAGUGCUUUCAAAUAUAUAUCUAACAAGAUGUUUCUCUACCAAAGUUUGGUUCAAUGUCAAUACAUUUUAGGAAUUCAUCUUGGUUGAUUUAUAUUUAUUUGGAUGCAAGAUUCUGUUUGUAUAUUUUAUGUGGAUUUAUACCUUGACAAAAAAAAAAGUAAUAGCUUAUCAUUACAGCAUUGACAAUUCAUAAAUUUAUGCUGACAUUUUUUUUUUUUUGGCUAGUAUAUUGGCAUAUCUUAAGUAGACUUUUUGCCAGUGUCAUUCCUGUGUACAUAAAACUUGACAGAUGUAGAUGAUAUUAUAAUGCAAGCUUUUUCAUAUCUUUAAUAUUUUUAUUAUUAUAAUUUUUUUUUUUUACAUUUUUCCAGUACAUGGCAUUCCAUUUGCAAUUUGUGUAGCUGACUCCCCUUUUCUUUCUCACUUUGCACGAUUCAGUUUGCCCUUGGAAAAACACAUAUUAUAUACACCUUGUAUGUCUCAUAUAUUUAAUGGUAAGUUGAUUUGCUGUAGUUUUUUUUUAAUUAAUUAAACAUAAAUAGUUUUAAUCAGUAAUCAGAGGAAAUUUGUGGCAUAGCUUUUGUUUUCCACUCCCUUAUCAAAUGUUGCACUUGCCGAAAUCCAAUUCUUUUUCUUUGAGUUGCUUUUUCUAGGAAGAAGUCUGUCUUUAUCAUCAGUUUUCAUUUGGUGGGUUUUUUUUUUUUUACCAGAUUGCAAUCUUAAAUUAUUUUAAGUUACUAUCUUUGGCAUAUUUUCAUUUCUUCUUAUUAUGUGUAAGCUUUUUGGUUACCACAAAUAAUAUGCAUGCAGUUAGAUUGGUAAAUAAGAAACCAAACAUGCUAUAAAUGCAUUCAUACUAGUUGGGCCUUAGUGUUGAAAUGACAAGAUACAGAAAAUAGCAAACUGACAUCAAGUUUUAAGUUGAUUGGAAGCAAAACAUGGUCGAAGAAAUGCCUGCCUUUUGUGAAGUUUUCAUAUUCCUUUACUGUAAUUUGAGCAAAUUAAGAAUCUUUACAUGAACAUUUACAGAAUAUUGCAUGCUGCUCUUUCAAUUUUUGAAACUGUACAUUGUUGUUUUUCUUGUGAUUUUAAGUUUCAUAUUUGCAGAAUGAUCCCUUUAAAUUUAAGCUGUUGCUUAUUUGUCUGUGACAAGCUAAUUAGCUUAGCUUAACAGUGUUUAAGAUGCAUUCAAGAAAUAGGUUAUGCAAUUUUUAAAAAUACAUUUUAAUGUUUCAUAUCCUUUAUACUCUGUUGAAUGUCUUCUGGAAUGUGCUUGUGCAAAAGACCAUUGCAUUUUACAUAUCUGUAUACUUUCAACCAAAAGAGGAUUAUUUUUCAACAUAUCUCGGUUAUCCUGUCAUAAAUGUUUCAAAGCUUAGUUUCCUCACAUACCCCAUGCAUAGCUUAUGAGAAUACACCAAAGUAGUCCUUUAAAAGGCAAGUCUUUUCUAGAAUUGAAGAAAAGACUGAUGUGCAAGAGAAGCCUUAUCUACCUGCAUGGUUUACAGAGAAGGUGGAACACUUGCCUAUAUUUAUCAGUGUGAUGAAACCUUCAGCUGAAUAAUUGUGUAAGUGGAUACUUAGUUCUUUAAUGAGCAUGUUCAUAUUUAUCCCAUGCUACGAAAGAAAUGUAUGUUCUGCUUUUUUGUAGUGCUUGGGAAUAUAUAAAAUUUAUAUGCCAGCGAGUUUUAUUUUUGCAUAGCAAACUGUUAAAUAUAAAAAUGAAGGUUUAUGUUUUGUCCAUGUAAAUAUAUAUACUUGUUUACCAUGUUCAGGAGCAGUAUGCUAGUCUCAAAAAAGUUAAAAUACCUAUGUAUCUGACAUGUCAAAAAGGACAUCUGGGGGGAAAGCUUGCCAGCUUCAGUGUGCAGAGUGAUACACGAUGGUGCACUACAGUUGUAAUUCUCACUUUGGCUUUGUUUAACUCUAAAUAAAAAUAUCAAUUACAGUCAAUGUUGGUAAGGUCUUGAUGGCUGUGCCUAGCUUUGUUUAUUGGCAUGCCAUUGCUUAUCUUCUAUCAAAUAAGCAUAAUAUAUUGGAUGUAUGCUUUGAGUGCAUUUUACAUUGUGAAACUACGUGCAUGGACUACUCAGCUGUCACGCAUGUCUGUGCAGAUUGUUUUGGGAUGCUGUGAAAUAUGGACCUUACACAAUACUUACUUCAAAACAAACGUUGACAGCAUUCAUAAAAUUUGGAGCAUGUCAUCGUCUUUUUUUGUUUUGUUCUAUCCUUGCCUUAGUAAGGAAAAGAAUAUUACACUAUUGUCAGGCUUGGUCAUCAUCAUCUCACUGCUUGUAUCACAUUCAUUUUCUCAAUUAUCUGUCUGCAACAGACAGACAAUGCUGUUCAUGGUGCUUGGAUGAUUCCAGUUUCACCUAAAGUGAUUUAUCCUAAUAAGCAGAAAUUAGGCUUUUGUGUAUGCAUCCACCUUCUUCCCAUUACUCCAGUUUGCAAUAUGUACUCAAUAAACAUUAGUAGCAAAAUAAAGGUUAUUAGAUUAUUAGCUAAAGCAAAACUGUGAUUUAAAAAAAAAAUGUGUCUCUGAACUGAAGUCAGUCUGUUCACUGAUGAUUGCAUAUCUGGGGAAGAUGGGAUGAAGUGUAUGAUUAGCAUUUUGCUUUUGAGAGAGAGAGCCAGUUUAUGGAAAUGUAAUCAAAUUUUUGGGGAUGUGUCUAAACAGAAGUGUUGGACAGCAAGGAUUCUCUGCAUACAUGUGCAGUUAGCGUACAAUUUUCCUUUACACUUUUUCUGACCUCAAAGAAAGGAUACAAGACAAAAAAAAAUGUGGUUUUUAUCCUCUUAUGAAAUAAUUCUUGCAACAGAAACACUGAAUGUAAAUGGAGAAAGUGAAACAGGGAAGAAAAACCUGAUAGACAAAUAAAGUGGGUUAUAGUUGAUAUGCCAUUAUAUUGGUACAAACUCCUUACAUGUGUCAUUUUUUCUUUUUUUUUUUUUUUAACAGUAGUGGAGCCUUAAAUAUAAAGUGAGAAUAAGUCAUUGCCCCAAGGCAGCAUGGGAUAAUCAUGCACAGACAUCUUGUCUCCAUAGUUAUAAAAUGACCUCCAGACUUUAUGAAUGCUGCAUUACCACCAGCAUCACAAAACACUGGCAAGUGAUACCUGACAUCAGAUAACAAAGCAAUAUGUGCAGGAUCUGGACACUGUGUAGUUUCUAUGGAGACAAGAUGCUUCAUGCUCCCAAUUGGUAAUAAUUUAAACUUGCUUUAUGAAUAGGUAAAAUAUCUCUCUUUGAAAAUCAUUUAAAGUAUUCUUUAAUCUGCUUGAAAAUUUUCCUUCAAAUAUGUGAUUAGAAAAUUAGAAAUUCAUUGUUGGGGUUGUAUAAUACACAGACUAUUAAAUUGCACUACUGAGCUGACCAGUUUAAAAGUAUCGUGCUUGAUACUGAGAUUAAGCAUAUUCUUCAUGCUUAUACUUCUAUUAAAAGGAUUUGUGUCGUCAGACUUAAAGAGGAAAUGGUGUUGAUACAAAUAUACAUGAACUACACAGGUUUUGGUCUGUAAAUGAGUGGUCGUUGAUUCAGUUAAAGUCCUGUGGGAAGACUUUUUAUUAAAAAAAUAAUAAAUAAUUUUUCUUUUUCAAUAUACAAUAUUUGUGAUACCUUGUGGGAAAAUGUAUGAGAUCAAAACGUUGUCAUAUCAUGUUAUGAUAGCAUUUCUGGAUUUAUGCAAUGUUUUAACUUUGGUGUAUUAAUACAUUAUUUAAGUUCUUAGUAGUAACUAAGACAACUGAUUCAAGUCAUUCUUCAUAAAUUUGUAAUUUAUGAUGAUUUUUUUAAAACAGCAUUCUGAUGGAUUAGAGCAGCAAAUAUGUUAUUAGGAUUUAUGUAAUUGUGGUAAUAUUUCCAAAUUCCUGUCAGAAUGGUGCAAUUAUUCUGUAUAAAUUUAGUGAGUUGGUAUUUCUAAGAUUCAUUUAUCCAGAGUUCAGUUUGAUGCAGUUGGUAAAAAAAAAGUGCAGCUUUAUUAUUAACCUAAUAAAUUUCAAAACUAUUUUCAAAAUCUCGGUUUAUUUAUUUCUUUUACUAUAUGAACAUGGUGUUUAUUUUAAAUAGUGUUUGAAUGUGUUGAUAGAUUGGAUUCAUUACAACCAUCACUGAGACAGAUGAUACCAGAUUUUCAUAACUUUGUUUGCACCACACUUUCUGUCAGUCUGCAUAUUUAGUAAUGGUACAUUCAGCAGCUUCCACUUUGCGGUGUGGGGAAUCCUAACCGAUUUUAAACCUCAAAAGUUAUUGUGGUGUAGUGUAUUAAAAUGUGAUGAAAGUCACAAGAAGCUGAAAGACAAGGGUGCCAGAUUUCUCAAGUUGGUUUUUUUUUUAUUUUUUUGAAAAGAGAUCACUCAGGAGAGAAGAUGAAAAAUGCUAGAGAUAAAAAAUAAUGAGUACUUUGUGAAGUACCUUUCAGAUUCUUGGCUUUAGCCUUCUGCUUGAGUUUUCAUGGAGUAGUUUAAUCAGAAACCUGAUCCUUUUAUUUUCCUUUUGAUAUACCAUGUCAGAUAGAAUACAUUGCAUUCUUGUAAAUGCAACAGAAAGACUUUAUCGACAUGCGUUUUUACUGUUGCUAGAAAAUCUUUUUAUAGCAAAGCAUGGUGCAAACUCCAGACAACACCAAUAUGUGGAUGCAAAAUGGGAUAGUUUUUUUCUUUAAGUGCAAAAUGUAAAAAUGAUAAAUGUGGUUUUAUUUUAUUAUAAAAAUAAUUGUUUCCACCUUCUCUAUGCAAAUGAACUAGCACUGUUGUUUGUUUCUGCAUUUGAAAAGUUGUUGCAUGCCUUUGUUGCACGGUUUUCAGGUUUUAUUUGAGUGAAGUGCAUGUUCUUAUUCCAAACAUUAACUUCACCUCCUUAGCAAAUAAACUUGACCUGGAGGUUUC